CCCUGCUCCGCCCCCGGGGAGAGGUCCGGACCCAAAGCAGCGGCGGCCGCGGAGCGGCUGGAGGGCGCGAGGAGGACCGCGCGACCGAGUCCGGCGCAGCAUGACUGCCAUCGCCGUGCAGGCCCAGAGGCUGCUGGCCCAGAGGAGGCCCCAGCGGCCCUUCUUGGAAUCCUUCAUCCGGGCCCUCAUCAUUGUCUGCGCUGCCCUGGCCUUGGUCCUCUCCUCCGUCUCCAUCUGCGAUGGCCACUGGCUGCUGGAUGGAGACCGCCUCUUCGGGCUCUGGCACUUCUGCACUUCCUCCAACCAGACGGGGACACAUUGUCUCAGAGACCUGAGUCAGGCACGUGUGCCUGGGCUGGCCAUGGGCAUGGUCCUGGCCCGCAGCGUGGGCGCCUUGGCCGUGGUGGCUGCCAUUUUGGGCCUAGAGCUCCUCAUGGUGUCCCAGGUGUGUGAAGACCUCCACUCACGGCGCAAGUGGGCCAUGGGCUCUGUCGUCCUCCUCAUUUCCUUCAUCCUCUCCUCCGGGGGCCUCCUGAGUUUCGUGAUUCUCCUCUGGAACCAUGUCACGCUCACUGGCUUCACCCUGAUGUUCUGGUGCGAGUUCACGGCCUCCUUCCUCUUCUUUCUGAAUGCCAUCAGUGGCCUGCACUUAAGCAGCAUCACCCACCCCUGGGGCCAACCAAGGAAAUUUUAGGGCCCCCUCCUAAAUCUGAGGACUUUGGUUUCUGCAAGAAAGUAUGGUCAAGAUGGGACUUUUCCAACAUGAGACCUCCGGUGGGGGUGGGGGGGAGGGGCGGGAGGGUGGGGCAAUAACCUUGAAACUGCUGUCUCUCAGCCAAUAACCUUUCGGGUGGUUGGCCAGAAUCAACCCAGGGGCCUUUGCAGCUGGCCUACGGGGCCAGAGGCCAGGACCGUGCUUCAGUGCCCCCAACUGCCUGGGCUUAGCCAAGUUAGUAGGAUGUUGGUUUUAGAAGAAGUAACACGUUUUAAAAAACCCUUUUCUUGAAUCCUU